UGCCUGAAACGAAGUGAUUAGCACAGAAGACGCAUUGCACGCAGGUGAUGUUUGCACUAGUAGAUCAUGUUGCACCUGAGCCGAGAUGGUCUUCAAUUCCCAAGAGGACGUCCGGACUUUUAACCCAAGUCGGGACAAGAGGCACGUCCGAACAUGUUCGUGUAGAUUUACCUAAAAUAAGUGGCAGAAAAAUAACAAACUAAUAUUCGGUACGAAGACAAAAUGAACAUAGUCGAGCGCUUGGGCGUUUCAUUCCGUCAGAAGUGAACAAUUACGAAAAUACGCGGCACACAAAACGUUUAGUUUGCAACGUCGAUGCGCAUAUUUGUCUACCCAACCAAGAAGUUGGCGGUAACGGGCAGUCGUGUGACGUCACCGGCUAGCUACCAUUAGCGACAGGUUGUCACCAUAUAUACACCGCGAAGGUGUUUCCGCUGUUUUUUACCUCGUUUUUUUAAGGACGUUUUCCGCCCGAAUGUUUCGUUACGAAACUACAAAAAAUAACGCUGUUGCAAGUCACGUGACCAACGCUUUGACCAGCCGCCGCGGAGCGUCACAAAGACUAACCUUUUAAAUACAAUCUUCAAAAAAAAUAUCGGCUGGUCAGUCCGGUCUGUUUGACGCUAAUAAAAAUAAACAACAGUACUUUUUAUUCAGUCCAAGCCAAAAUCGCCUGAAUUGUAACUAGAGCAUUUUAUUUCUUGACGUUUAUUGACGUCUUAAUCGUCCCUCGCAUAAGUCGUGAGAGAUACGCGCAAUGGACGGCAGGAGUGAGAGGAGAAUGCUGCAACUGAGGAGUCGCCUGGACAUGCUAGGCUACACUGACCAUCUGGGAGCUGACUCACUCUCACUUGUUGAGAGGCUUUUCUGCGAUAUGGUGCACACCACCGAAAGCCUGCGCAAAGCCAAGCGUUUGGCAGGCAAGUCUGAAAAAGAAAUCCAGAACUGCGAUGUUUUUCUGGAGCCAUACAGAGCCGCUCAUGAUCAACUGGAUAAGAAGAACCGAGAGCUUCAGAUGGAGCUUCUGACUGUGAAGGGCGAGAAGGACCUUUUGGACAGAGAGAUGAAAAUCUUCAUCACAAAGCAGGAAGACGAGCUGUCUUCCCUGAAGUCUCUGAACAAGCAGUAUAUGCAGCAGGUCCGCUACCUGGAGAAGGACAGCAAAGAGAAAGCAAAGACUGUCCGUCAACUGCGGAAAAGGAAUUCAAAUGCAGUGGUGCAGGCGGGAGAUGAAAAAAGGAUCAGCCCUCCUUCUCCUCGGUCGGCGCCUCAUCCUGUUGAUGAUGCGUAUGUAGCCGACAUUUUGAAGCAGGCAGAUGAAAGGAUCUUUGAAAUGCAUGACGAAGCGGCAAAAUUAAAAGCGGAUCUGGAAAAUGCCCAGGGACAAGUACAAUUCUUAAAUAACCAUAUUGACGACAUGCAAGAGGCCAACAACCAACUAAAGAGGAAGUUGGAGGGAGCGCAGCAGAAAUACUCCACCAAAGUAGCUGACCUUACCUCAAAGAACCGUGAGCUGUGCGGCGAGUUUGUGGCCAUACUUGACCUCGCCAGGCAGAUGGAACUAGACAACAAGCAAAAGUUGAAAACGGCUGAUACGAAAUUUCAAGAUAUGGAUGAAGUUGUGCAAAAGCAAAAAGAAGUAAUUAAAGAUUUGGAGGAUGAACUGGGGAAAAUAAGUGUGGAUGGCCAAACUCCUGCUUCCGCAGAUGGACAUAGACAGGAAACGAAGGAAGCUGACCAUCAGAAUGUCGCCCACAGUGAGUUUGAGUUCAUAAAAUCUCAUCUUGGAGAACAGUUGGUAGAGCUGAGAGGACAGAAUAAGAAAUUGGAGGGAAUGGUGGAUUUCCUCGGGGCUGAGAAAAGCAGACUGCAGGACAAAGUGGAAAAGCUGAUGUCAUUUGAAAAAGUCUUAGUCCUGGAUUUGGAGGGCAUGCGAAAUAGACAUGGCAUUUGCCGAUUGGAGUGCUCGUCAUCUCGUCUGGAUGCUUUUGUCAAGAGUCUAGAGGAGGAGAGGGAUCACUAUCGACAGGAAGUUGAACACUAUAAAGUCUUUGUAGCAAGUAGUCACAGUCCAGGCAAGCAGAAGAGUCCAAAAAGCCAGUAUGACCACAAAAGCUCUAAUCCAUCUGCUGAAAUAUUGAAUCUGAAAGAUGCGCUCAGACUGGCCAAUGAAAAACUCCAGCAGGUGACAGCUGAAAAACAGUCGCUGAUGGGAGAACUGAAGCAGACGAAAAGCUCUGCAUGGAUGGAGUCAAACAUCCAGCAGGUGACGGAUGAAAAAGAAGCAGCUAUGGAGAACAAUACGCAAGAGCAAGUCACGCAAUCUUCUAAAAACCUCAACCUGAAAGACGAACGUAAGCAGAUAGAAGAAAAACUCCAGCUGGUGUUGGGUGAAAAACAGUCGCUUAUGGAUAAAUGUCAGCAAAUGGAGUUGCAGUGUGAGCAACACAGCUCGGAAUUGAUAAGCCUGAAAGAGGAGCUCAGACUGGCUGAAGAAAAUAAGCGUCGGGUGACGGCUGAAAAAGACUCAGUAAUGGAGGAAGUUCAACAAAAGCACACCUUAGAAAUACAGACCCUUAAGGAGGGGCACAAACUGGCAGAAGACAAAACCCAGCAAGCAACGACUGAAAAAGAGUCACUGAUAAAGAAAUUAACGCAACAUCAACAGGAUCUCUCAAAAACAUCUGAUGAAAUCUCAAAACUAAAAGAAGAGCUCAAAUUGUCCAAAGCAAAAACAGAGCAAGUGGCCGCUGAAAAAGACUCACUGGCAGAGGAGCUGAAGCGGCAGCUUGGGGAGCACAACUCAGAAACAUCUGCUGAAAUCUUAAAACUGAAGGAGCAGCUUAAUCUGGCAGAGAAGAAAGUCCAAGAGGUUAUUUCAGAAAAAGGCACACAUAUAGAAGAACUGAAGGAAAUGCAACUGGUGCAGGAGGAACAGAAGUCUGCUGCAAUUUCCAACUUGGAAGAGGAGCUCAAACGAGCCAAAGAAAAAAUUGAGCAGUUCACGAAAGUAACUGAGAAAAUACAGGUGGAACGGGAGCAGUUGAACUUAAAUGCAUCUGAAGAAGCGUUAAACUUCAAAGAGCAGCUUAAACAGGCAGAAGAAAAAAUACAGCAAGUGAUGGCUGAAAAAGACUCACUGAUUGAAGAGCUUAAGCAAAAGGAGCUGCAGCAUGAGCAACAUACUUCGACUACAUCUGAGGAACUCUCCAACCUAAAAGAGGAGCUCAGACAGGCAAAAGACAAAAUCCAGAAAUUGAUGGAUGAAAAAGUUGCACAAAUUGAAGAAUUCAAGCAAAGGCAGCUGCAGAGUGACGGCCGCGACUCAAAAACAGUGGCUGACAUUUUAAAUCUGAAAGAGGGGCUGAAACUGGCAGAAGACAAAUACAAGCAGGUGACAGCAGAAAAAGACUCACUGGUGAAGGAUUUGGAGCAAGUGCGGCAACAGAAAGAACAGGAAAUCUCAAGAGCAUCUGAUGAAAUCUUAAAACUAAAGAAGCAGCUCACACUGACAGAAGAGAAAGUUAAUGAGAUGGCUUCAGAAAAAGAGGCAGAAAUAGAGGAACUGAGGCAUGAGGAGAACAGCUCCACAGCUGCAGAAAUCUUAAAACUGAAGAAGCAGCUUAAUCUAUCAAAAGAGAAAGUCCUAGAGGUGUCUUCAAAAAAAGAUGCUGAAAUGGAAGAACUGAAGAACCAGCUCAAACUGACAGAAGAGAAAGCCCAGGAGGUGGCUUCUGAAAAAGACGCAAAAAUCGAAGAACUGAAGAACCAGCUCAAAAUGACAGAAGACAAAGUCCAUGAGGUGGCUUCAGAGAAAGACGCAGAAAUGGAGGAACUGAAGCAUGAGGAGAACAGCUCAACAGCUGCAGAAAUCUUAAAACUGAAGAAGCAGCUUAAUCUGUCAAAAGAGAAAGUCCUAGAGGUGGCUUCAAAAAAAGAUGCAGAAAUGGAAGAACUGAAGUACCAGCUCAAACUGACAGAAGAGAAAGUCUAUGAGGUGGCUUCUGAGAAAGACGCAGAAAUGGAGGAACUGAAGCAAGAGGAGAACAACUCAACAUCUGCAGAAAUCUUAAAACUGAAGAACCAGCUCAAACUGACAGAAGAGAAAGUCCAAGAGGUGGCUUCAGAAAAAGACGCAAAAAUCGAAGAACUGGAGAACCAGCUCAAACUGACAGAAGAAAAAGUCCAUGAGGUGGCUUCAGAGAAAGACGCAGAAAUGGAAGAACUGAAGAACCAGCUCAAACUGACAGAAGAGAAAGCCCAGGAGGUGGCUUCAGAGAAAGACUCAGAAAUGGAGGAACUGAAGCAUGAGAGGCACAACUCAACAUCUGCAGAAAUCCUAAAACUGAAGAAACAGCUUAAUCAGGCACAAGAGAAAGUCCAAGAUGUGGCUUUAGAAAAAGAUGCAGAAAUUGAAGAACUGAAGAACCAGCUCAAACUGACAGAAGAGAAAGCCCAGGAGGUUGCUUCAGAGAAAGACACAGAAAUGGAAGAACUGAAGCAUGAGAAGCACAACUCAACAUCUGCAGAAAUCUUAAAACUGAAGAAGCAGCUUAAUCAGGCACAAGGGAAAGUCCAAGAGUUGGCUUCAGAAAAAGAUGCAGAAAUGGAAGAACUGAAGAACCAGCUUAAACUGACUGAAGAGAAAGUCCAAGAGGGGGCUUCGGAAAAAGACACAGAAAUGGAGGAACUGAAGCAUGAGAAGCAGAGCUCAACAUCUGCAGAAAUCUUAAAACUGAAGAAGCAGCUUAAUCUGGCAAAAGAGAAAGUCCAAGAUGUGGCUUCAGAAAAAGAUGCAGAAAUGGAAGAACUGAAGAACCAGCUCAAACUGACAGAAGAGAAAGUCCAAGAGAUGUCUUCAGAAAAAGAUGCAGAAUUGGAAGAACUGAAACAUGAAAAGCGCAACUCAACAUCUGCAGACAUCUUAAAACUGAAGCAGCAGCUUAAUCAGGCAAAAGAGAAAGUCCGAGAGGUGGCUUCAGAAAAAGACGCAGAAUUGGGGGAACUGAAGCAAAAGCAGCUGGAGAAUGAGGAACAGAAGUUAAUGGAGAUUGCGAACUUGGAAGAGGAGCUGAGACUGGCAGAAGAAAAAAUCCAGGAGGUGAUGGAUGAAAAAGACGCUGAAAUGGAGGAACAGAAGCAAAAGCAGCUGGAGAUUGAGAAACAGAAGUCUGUGGAGAUUGCAAACUUGGAAGAGGAGCUGAAACUGGCAGAAGAAAAAGUCCAGGAGGUGACAGAUGAAAAAGACGCUGAAUUGGAGGAAAUGAAGAACCAGCUCAAACUGACCGAAGAGAAAGUCCAAGAUUUGGCUUCAGAAAAAGAUGCAGACAUGGAGGAACCGAAGCAUGAGAAGGAUAAUGCAACAGCUGCAGAAAUCCUAAAACUGAAGAAGCAGCUUCAACUGGCAAAAGAGAAAGUCCGAGAGGUGGCUUCAAAAAAAGACGCAGAAUUGGAAGUGUUAAAGCAAACACAGCUGGAGAAUGAGGAACAGAAGUCUGUGGAGAUUGCAAACUUGGAAGAGGAGCUGAAACUGGCAGAAGAAAAAGUCCAAGAGGUGAUGGAUGAAAAAGAGACGCUAAUGGAAGCGACUGAGCAAACACAAAGGAAACAGGAGCCGUCAUACCUCAAUGCACCUGAUGAAAUUUCGAGCCUGAAAAAAGAGCUCAAACUGUCCCAAAAAAAAAUCCAGCAGAUAAUAGCCGAAAAAGACUCACUGAUGGAAGAAGUGAAGGGCCUUAAAGAGAAGCUCAGAGUGGCAGAAGAACAAAUCCAGCUGGUGACAGCAGAAAAAGACGCAAUGAUGGAGGAAUUGGAGAUUGGUGUGCCUUCUGCUCUCCCGGGCGUACGUGGAAUGGAACACAAGAUAAUUGACCUGCAGAAAGUCAUCAAGAGACUGGAGCAGGAAAACCAGCAGCUGUGUUCUCACCUUUCCGCACUAAAAGACCGCAAGGAGAAUGUGGGGCGGCAGAUGGAUGUUCAGCGUGCUCCGCUCGGUCUGGAUGCAGAGGCGUCUGCAGCGCGGCGGUGGACAACGGAAGCAUCCGGUCUUUGGCUACAGCAGGGGCAGAUUCAGUCCUCACUUUUGGACCUCCAGGAAAUGCUAUCUAUAAAGACGGACGAGUUGCGUGCCGCUCAUGGACAAAUGGAAACACUAGAGGACAUAAUCGAGGCACAGAGUCAGAAGGUUUACCUGUACAAGCAGGAAGCAGAAGUUAUUCACAUCUCUUUCUCUGCACUCUGCAUGAAGAGAGACGCUCUGCAGGAGGAGGUGGCGCAGAAGACCAAGAGGCUGGUUAUUCUCCAAGAGGAGCUGGCCAUGAAGGAAAAGAUCCUCAAUUCCACAAUAAUGACCAAGACCUCUGCACUGCAGGGGGAACUAAAGAGCCGUGAAAGGGAGCUCACCACUCGUAGGAUGUUGGCGGACUACCAGGAGGCGUUGGCACAACUCAGAAGUGAUAACGAGCUGAUACUUCGAGACAACAGGAGGCUGGAAGAUGACGUGACCACAAUGACUAUGGAGAAGCAAGCUGCACUCGUGGACAUGGAAGAGGCUUUACAUGAAAGGAACGAGCUGAAACACAGAGUCAAUUCCUACUUGAUUACAGUGUCCAAGAUUGAGAACCUCUUGAAGUCAAAGGAGCAGGAGAAUUUCGAGCUGCUGCAGCAGCUUCACAUGGCCAACUCUGACAUGCAAGAAAGGGGGCAGAGGCUGAUGCAGGGCGACGUCGUCAUCAACUCUAUCCGACGGGAGCUCCUCUCUUCCGAAACGGACCGAAGGCACCUCCACGAAGCCGUCAGCCACAAGGAGCGAGAGAUCCAGCAGUAUAUGCAGGACAUAAAGGCUUACGAGAUGCAGUUGUCCACGUUAGUCCGAGGAACGUCCCUACUUGAGGAGGAGCUACGAACAGUUCAGGAGGAGAAAGCUGUCCUUCUCACCGAUCUGGCCUCUGUCAGGGAGCUGUGUGUCAAACUCGACGCAGACAAUGAAGUUGCAACCCGCCAGCUUUUAUACAAGAGCAUGGAGCUGGAGAGGGCAACAACGAGACAGGACGACGCUUGGACAGAAGUGGCGCUGUUGAAAGAACAUCUGGCGAGCGAAAAGUCGACCAUCCAUAACCUCGAGAGGGCGCUGGCCACCAGUCGGCAAGAGAUGUUCCAAGCCCACCAGGCGGCCAGGGAAAAAGAAUCCGAGCUGAAGGUCCUACGCGAGAGGCUCAUGCAGGCUGAAAACAAGAUUGGCGAGUACGUGCGGGAGAUUUCCAAUCUUCGCAGCAAAGUUGCUCAGCUGCAAACAAAGAUCGAGGCUCUGAACUCUCAAAUUAGCGGUGAACGACACAGGCGUGAGGAGAUGCCCUUGCAACAGUUGCCAUUCAGGCCCCCGAGAACCUCAUCGCCAGUGGACCCCUUGACCACUCCGCAUCUGACGUUCCCUGACACCUCCUCCAUUAAGAAAUCCGAUUGACGUCGACACACAGACUAUCCUGCAUUAUCUACCAUCAAUAUCGCUGCUGUAGCUCCUAAGAUGGAUCAUUCAGUUAUAUGGUUAACUGCUUAUUUACUCAUAAUGGGGCAGAUUUUAUUGCUACCUCCUGUAACGGGAGGACUUUUACAAUCACAAACGUAAAAUACGUUUUAGUAAUAAGAUACCGUUUUUCAAGCUUCCAGGAAGCCAACAUUUAACAAAACAAGAAAUUAGCUAUGGUUGUACAAUAGCUUAAGUUAACAAUACUACAUGUGUUCGGAUCUAAUCGGUACGCAGCGACAGUAAUCCCUUGUUUAUUGCUGUCACUUGGUUCUGGACAUGACCGGAAAAAAUACUUUCUGCCAAGAAGGAAUCAAUAUUUUCAUAGCUAGAACAUUAAAGCAUUUUGUGGCAUUCUAAAUACUGUUUUCAAUAUUGAGAGAGCCCUCUAUAACCAUGAAAUAAGACCCUUUUGUUGGGCGAGCACCUCCUAGAGCAGGGGUGUCAACCUCGUUUUCAUUGAGGGCCACGUUGCAGUUUUGGCUGCCCUUCGAGGGCCCCGGCCGCUUGUAACAUAAAUAAAAGCAACAAAAUUACAGCUCAUUUUAUGACCUAUUUUGUGUUUUAUUUUGCACGAUUGCACCACUCAGGGGUGUCACUAGCUUUUAAGGACAGGGGGGGCUUAGCCCCCAGGAGAUGCACAGGAUGCGAGCAAACGUAGCGCACGAGCACAAAACUUCACAAACGGCUAACAAAGACUUAGAAAUUAUUCAUUGUUAUUAUUAUUAUUUCAGUGGGUUUAUUUUCAAUCUGUGUUCAGUACAACAACAAACAUGGGUUUGCACAGUGACAAUUUGUUUACAGCAUCAACAAGAAACAAUUACUUGCAUGAUCCUUCAAGAUAUA